UUCAUUUUCGCUCAAAGUCUAAAACUCUUCAAAUCGCUUUGCUUCUCAGCCUCAUGGCUCCAAUUGCUGUCGGCGAUGUUGUACCUGACGGAACCAUCUCUUUCGUCGAUGACAAUGAUCAACUUCAGACCGCCUCCGUUCACUCUCUCGCCGCCGGUAAGAAAGUCAUUCUCUUUGGUGUCCCUGGUGCUUUCACUCCCACAUGCAGCAUGAAGCAUGUGCCUGGUUUCAUUGAGAAAGCAGAGGAACUAAAAUCAAAUUAUGUUGAUGAGAUCAUUUGCUUUAGUGUGAAUGACCCAUUUGUGAUGAAGGCAUGGGGAAAGACAUACGCUGAGAACAAGCAUGUGAAGUUUGUAGCAGAUGGGUCUGGAAAAUACACACAUCUUCUCGGACUUGAGCUUGACCUCAAAGAUAAGGGUCAUGGUGUUAGGUCAAAGAGUUUCGCUCUGUUAAUCGAUAACCUCAAGGUGAUUGUAGCCAAAGUUGAAUCUGGAGGUGAAUGUCCCUUGUUUCAACUUGAAACGAUGAAGAUGACGAUGUAUCUUCCUAUAGAUUUGGUAGAGCGGAUUGUCUCUAUGGUUCCCUUGAAAUUUAUGAGAUCAGUGCGAUUAACUUGCAAAAGGUGGAACGGUUUGUUCAAAAGCCGGAGCUUUAUGAAGAUGCACAUUGACAAAGAAGCAGCAGCAAGGGAAUUAGGGGAGACUCGGAUGAUCGUGAUGAUGGAUUACAAUGUUUAUUUAAUGGGAAUUGUCGUCAAUGAAAAUACAUCCACAGAGUCUCUAGGUAAACUUACUUGCCUAGACGAUUCAGAACAAGUCAAGAUAUCUCAAGUCUUUCAUUGUGACGGUUUAUUGUUAUGCAUCUUGAAAGACGAUGAUACUAAGAUUGUGGUUUGGAAUCCGUAUUUGGGGCAAACAAGAUGGAUCCAAACCAGAAAGUAUUACCGCGCUGGUGGCUGGAAAGGACGAGAUAUUUACAUGUACGCUCUCGGAUUCAAAAAUAAUAGCAAAAGCAGAUCUUGUCGCAGCCCCAAAAUCUUGAGGUUUAUAGAUGAUUUCAAACUUCGCCCCGAGAAUCCCGCUUUACGGUAUGAAAUCUACGAUUUUGAUUCUGAUUUAUGGACCACUCUUGAUGUCUCUCCACACUGGCGUAUAAUGUCUCAGCGUGGCCUUUCUAUCAAGGGAAACACUUACUGGGGUGCUGUAGAACGGAAUGAAUACGCACCUAUUAGUCAUAUAAUCUGUUUUGAUUUUACAAGAGAGAGAUUUGGACCGCUUUUGCCUCUGCCAUUUAGUGCUUGGGGUGCAGAGUUUGCGUCACUAUCUUCGGUUAGAGAAGAGAAGAUCGCUGCUUUAUUUCAGACAAGCGAAACAUUUAAGUUUGAGAUAUGGAUUACAACUAAGAUUGAGGCUGAAAAUGUGUCGUGGAGCAGAUUCUUCACAAUGGAUACAUCAUACCUUGACAGUAAGCUCUCAUAUAAGAGUUUCUUCAUUGACGAGGAGAAGAAAGUUGCUGUGGUUUUUGAAAAAGAAGGAAAAACAAUAUGCGACCUCACUCAUGACACUAUAAAUAUCAUUGGAGAGGAUGGAUGCAUAAUGAAAUUGGAGCUUGGAGAACCCGCAGACAAAAACUGUUGGCCACUUGUGUGCUCUUAUGUUCCAAGUGUAGUGCAAAUCAAGCUACAUAAAGGAGGCAAAAGGAAAGAACAAAGCGAUUAGGAAAGGCAUUGAUAAACCAAUCAACCAAGAGGAGGUGGCAAAAGGAGAAAACGAGAGUUGGUUAGUUUGAAUUUAAAAAGUCUAGUUUAUAUGUCCGUUGUUUUCUUUUAGCAACAUCAAUUUGUUUCUUCCUAUCUAUUAUUCAAGAUGAACAAGAUUUUUGGAUUUAAGUACAAACGGCAGGGUCAUUUUCACAGUUUGAUUUACGUACUUUGCAACUAUCAUUUGAAGACCAUAUGGUGGUGGAGAUUGUUCGUCUGUGGUGGAUUUACUUGAUUGCCAAUGUGCGCUUUUUGCUUGUACUACUGUUAUGCGUGGACCGAGUAAUCGGGGUAAAUGCAAGUCUUGUUCUUCUUUGGAUACAUGGCUUGCAUCUCCUAUGUUUUCUUCCUCAAGCUUGGAACCAUUUGAUUUGGUUCUUCUCUUCUCUAUAAAAUGUGAAUAAGCAGUGAUUAUU